AGGCGGCUUGCGGAGCCGGCCCCAGCCAUGCUGUGCUAUGUGACGCGGCCGGACGCGGUGCUGAUGGAAGUGGAGGUGGAGGCGAAAGCCAACGGCGAGGACUGCCUCCAUCAGGUGUGCAGGCGGCUGGGCAUUAUAGAAGUCGAUUAUUUUGGAUUGCAGUUUACGGGGAGCAAAGGGGAGAGCUUAUGGCUAAACCUGAGAAACCGGAUCUCCCAGCAGAUGGAUGGGCUUGCGCCUUACCGGCUGAAACUUCGAGUCAAGUUCUUCGUGGAACCUCACCUCAUUUUACAAGAGCAAACGAGGCAUAUCUUCUUCCUCCACAUCAAGGAGGCCCUCCUGGCCGGUCACCUCCAGUGCUUACCAGAGCAGGCAGUGGAGCUCAGUGCACUCCUAGCCCAGACCAAGUUUGGAGACUACAACCAGAACACCGCCAAGUACAGCUAUGAGGAGCUGUGUGCAAAGGAGCUCUCCAGUAAUGCCUUGAACAGCAUUGUCGCCAAGCAUAAGGAGUUGGAGGGAACCAGCCAGGCGUCUGCCGAGUAUCAGGUCCUACAGGUUGUGUCCGCCAUGGAGAACUACGGCAUUGAAUGGCACAGUGUGCGUGACAGUGAGGGCCAGAAGCUCCUCAUCGGGGUCGGCCCAGAAGGAAUCUCCAUCUGUAAAGAUGACUUUAGCCCAAUGAACAGGAUAGCUUACCCCGUGGUCCAGAUGGCCACCCAGUCUGGGAAGAAUGUGUACUUGACUGUCACCAAGGAAUCUGGGAAUAGCAUCGUGCUCUUGUUUAAGAUGAUCAGCACCAGGGCGGCCAGUGGGCUGUACCGGGCAAUAACAGAGACCCACGCUUUCUACAGGUGUGACACAGUGACCAGUGCAGUCAUGAUGCAGUACAGCCGGGACCUGAAGGGCCACCUGGCCUCCCUGUUCCUCAACGAGAACAUCAACCUGGGCAAGAAGUACGUGUUCGACAUCAAGAGGACGGCCAAGGAGGUCUAUGACCACGCCCGGCGGGCCCUGUACAAUGCAGGCGUGGUGGACCUCGUCUCCAGAGGUGACCCCAGCCCCCCCACGUCACCCCUCAAGGCCUCGGACCAUAAUCGCAGCUGCCGCAGCUGUGAGGGCCUAAGCUGCCAGCAGAGCCGGGCGCUGCAAGAGAAGCUGCGCAAGCUGCGGGAGGCCAUGCUCUGCAUGCUGUGCUGCGAGCGGGAGGUCAACUCGGCCUUCUGCCCCUGUGGCCACACCGUGUGCUGCGAGCGAUGCGCUGCCCAGCUCCAGUCAUGUCCAGUCUGCAGGUCUCGGGUAGAGAAUGUCCAGCACGUCUAUCUCCCCACCCACACAAGUCUUCUCAACCUGACUGUCAUCUGACCCAAGCCCCCAAGCCCAACUGCCGUGUUGUUUCUGUGAAUAGCACGAUGAUAAACUGAAAAGACUUUAGACUGGAGAGAAGUACUCCGAUAGCCAUUUGCCAUGCCAUGUUUGAAGAAGUCAAGACACCAAGACCACACCUCACCAUGCAAACACCCCAUGUGUCAAAUCAGCACCACCUCGUGUGAACGACCUGGAGGAGUUUGGGGACACAGAUAUUCCUUGGACUUCCACUGUUUUUCUGAUCCAGUCAAUGGAUGAGUGAAACUCUUGGGCAUCACGUUACUGGCAACACAGCCAGAAAGUGGGUUAUCUUUUAGAAACUGAUGUGUGAGUCUCCUCUGAUGUAUCCCGAGGUAAGUUCCCUACCUGCCACCAAUUUUGUAAGUGUAGGUCUUCAACUCUGACUCAGUUUCUUUUUUUUUUUUUGUACUGUCACAGAGCUCUGAACAUUUUUAAUGGGGUGGGGGGAGUCUUUCAUAGAGAAAUAGUCGUUUUCAUGUGACUUCUGGUUUUAUAACUUGUUCAAGAAUGAUUGGAAGGUAAACAUUGAAAAAUCAAUUCUGUGACUUUUAAAGCAUGGCCAGCAAAGGUGUCCCAUCUGACCCAGCCUGGCUAGUGGAGAAAGCUAAUUUAAUGUGGGUUGCUUCAGUUCCUCCCCACCUCCCACCACCCCAUCACCACCUCGCCUUUCAAUGACCAAAUGCUAAGCAGUUGAGUUAUAAGAUUUCUAUGGAGUCAUCAAGCACUCGGGCCUCUUGAGUUUGUGGAAUUAUAAUUAUUUUUUUUUUAAGUUCAAGAUGAGAAAACGUGUAUUCCUUGGGGAGGAAAAGCACUGCUGGCUGAGAUGAAGCUUUUUGGUACCAACCGGGUUGGUCUCCUGUUCUCCCGAGCACUCUAGCUUCACCCAGUGCGGUCACUUUGCUUGGGCCUUUCAAACCUUUUAUAGCCUUAUCAUAAAUAUUGUAGAUAUUGUACAAAUUUUUUUUAAUUUUUUUUUUUUACUUUUUAGUAAAUGCUUAAGUCUGAUUAACUUUUGUUGUUCCCCUCCAUAGGUGUUCGAGGGGCUGGAUUUUUGUUUGUUUCUAGAUUUUUCAUCAUGGUUUUCCACUCCCACUUGGGCAUUUUUGGAUGCCGGUCAGCUUGUGGGUUUUCUACGCCAUCGGGAAACCUAGAUGAUGACCUUAUGGGUGCAAUACUAGCGAAGUUAAAAGCUAGAAACCUACACUGUCACUUUACUGAGAUUUCUGAGUAUGCUUUUCAUAUUGCCUUAAUGUAGCAGUAAUGUGUUGAUGCAUUUGUUUCUUUGCACAGACAUUUUGUCAAAUAUUAAAACUCUACUUUUUUAUGGCACAUAUUAGCAUAUAAGCCUUUAUUUCCAGAGGUAUUUAUUUUUUCACUUGUAAAAAAAAAUAAUGUUUCCAUAUAAAGGAUAUACUAGAGGGCAUCUGUCUUUUAUAUUCCAGAAAAUAAAGACUUAAAAAGCAAA